CUGACUUCCGUCGCCGGCACAGCGCUGCCCUUCGUGCGCGACCGCCGACAGACGCAUGCGCCUAGCCAGCCGAAAGUUCUCCGUUAGUGGACUUCGCUAUGCAGCCGGCGGGCCCCCAAAAGGCUGUCCCCACAGCUCACCUCACUGUCGUUAUUGACUGUGCCACUGGAAGGCAAGUCUCCCUGGCGGCACCCCCAGUGCCACACCAAGCAUCAAGACCCAGCCAGGGACGUGUCACUCCGCCCAUGAAGAUUUUUGUUAUGUUCUGUGGAGAAAACACGCUGCGUGGGACUCAAGACUUUCCGCUCAGUUGCAGGCCUCUUGCCGGGACCAAGGAUACCGUGCCAUCCGACAGAGGUCUCCCGGCUCCAGCUUCCCUCCCUGCCAGUCCGCCGAGUCCCCAGGACGAUCCUCAAGCCCAAAGGAGCUUCUUGAAGCCUGGAGCUACUGAAAGGCACGCAGCUUGGGACACAGUUAAAUGCUCACUCCAAGCGCUCUCUUCCUGUGUCUGUGGGCAGGCUGAGUAGUUUGGCCAGAUCUGUGGGGGUGGGGGAGAGCCUGGGAAUGCAAGUAGUCUUUGGAGUCUGAGCCCAGGAAGGCAUCCUGGAUGUGUUGAAGGAUGUAAGAGCCAGUCACGUCUCUGUCCUCUUCCCCAUCCUCUGCCAGGCUCUCAGCUAAGGCCAGGCAUGGUACCAACGAAGCACCUUCUACUUCCCCUACAGGAUGCUGCCGAUGACGUCACGGCCUUCCUGCCGCUAGGGAAGGGAGAGGGUUGAGCAAGUGACCAAAUAAAUAAAUGUUUUGAG